ACAAAUAAUGAAUACCUGACUUAUAAACCUAUAAAAAUGGAUCAAAACAUUUAUGGUUUUAUAUUCUUUCCAGAUAAGCCGCAACCACAAAAAAAACUACAUAAUAAACCGCGCUGUAUAUGCAAUUAAUGUUUCUGAAUGGCUCAUAAACACGUCGUAUAUGUAUAUAUACCUGUAGGUACUCAGAUUUCGUAACGACCGGAUCGUGGUUGAAUAGCGCACUGGUUAGGUUGAAUCCGCUUCUUCGUACGAUAUUGUUGAAUCGCGUCAAUUUAUGGUUUAGCCAUUCGAAAUUCUUUAACGUGGAUUUCUUCGAACCGAACAAAUUCUUUGCAAAUUGCAAUGAUGCACAAAACGCGCAGUCGAUUAGAUAAUAGGCUCGAUCAACCGAUGGUUCCUUUCGCCGAUGAGUUUCGAACAUUGUUUUUUCGCGACAACGAUCGUUUUGCACACAAAGCGCGUCGAUCGAUGGGAACUUAUACAGCACGCCUUGGUUGGGUGUUCGGAUCGAGUAAUGAAAAAGAAAAAAAAAUAUCGUAACAUUAACAAGACCACGGACGCUCACACGUGAAGUUCAAAAAGGCAACGGGUUCAAAAGUUUUCGACUUUUGAAAACGCUCGGGGGGACACUUGUCGCCAUUCGCAAACCGACGCACAGGAAACCGAUGGGGGACCGCGAACUUCGAGUCGACCAAGCCGAAACGGAUUCGCUAGACCACACGUCGGGCGGCGGGCAUGUCUGGGUGCUGCCAACUGUCCGGCGACAACACGACCGAAAUAUCAAAGCUCACUGAACGAGCAACGUUGGCCGUCGGUUAUUUCAUUUGCCAAAGCACAACACAAAAGUGGAUCCCAAUACAUCACCAUUCACCACGAGUCUUCGCGGUCCGCUCGUUGUGUUCGGAUUAUUUCACCCUUCGAUCGCGGCCACACGAAUCCACCACCGCUGCGGACACCCGUCUUUCGUAUUCCGUGCACAUUCUCCAGUCCAAACGAGCAAUUUAUUAUUCAAAAUAAAGCCGAUUGCCAUUUAAAAUACAUGAGCUGCACAAAUUAAUUCUAUGCUGUAAUUAUAACAAACGUAAUUCUUUUAGUCGUCUCCAAAAAUUAAGCACAUCUUGAAUCAUUAAAGUUUGAUAUUUAUUAUACCAAAGUCAUUAUGUGGUCCCUAAUUAAAUUAGCAUAUUACGCUUGCAAUGAACCAGAGAAAUAUUGGUAUAACACUAAACCAAAUAAUGUUGUAAAAGUAAAUUUGGAAUCUUGUUGCCACGAAAUAAUAAAAGUCAUCAAAGGGCGUAAGAAAAAAUAUUUAAUGGAUAUAGAGUUGUGCAGCAUUGCUUCAAAUAAUGGUCAUUUGGACUGUUUAAUGACUGCUCAUCAAAUGGGAUCUCCAUGGGACAAAAGAACAUGUUCAAUUGCUGCAAGAAAGGGCCAUCUUUAUUGUUUACAAUAUGCCCAUGAAAACGGGUGCCCUUGGGAUGCUAGUACAUGUUACAGCGCUGCUAAAGGUGGACAUUUACAUUGCCUAAUAUAUGCCCACAGUAAUAAUUGCCCGUGGGACGAAUAUACAUCAAAUUGGGCUGCAAGUGGUGGCUAUUUAGACUGUUUAAAAUAUGCUUAUAGAAAUGGAUGCCCUUGGAACGAAAAAACUUGUAUGAUGGCAGCUUACAAUGGACAUUUAAACUGUUUAAAAUUCGCUUUUAAUCAUGGAUGUCCAUGGGAUGAACAAACGUGUACAUGGUCUGCUAGAAAAGGUCAACUAAACUGUUUAAUAUUUGCCCAUAAGAAUGGAUGUCCUUGGGAUGAAAAUACGUGUACAAAGGCUGCAAUAGGUGGACACUUGCAAUGUUUAAUGUAUGCUCAUGAUAAUGGAUGUCCUUGGGACCAAAAUGUAUGCAAUUUUGCUUCCGCUAACGGACACUUGAAUAUUUUGAAGUAUGCGCAUAACAAUGGAUGCCCAUGGAACGAAAAAACUUUGUACGAGGCUGCAAUAAAUGGUCAUUUGCACUGUAUCGAAUAUGCCCAUACGCAUGGAUGUCCAUGGGAUAAAAAAACAUGCAAUGGGGCUGCCAAUAGUGGUCAUUUGAAUUGUUUACGAUACCUUCAUGAAAAUGGUUGUCCGUGGGAUGAGUAUGUGAUCUACAUGGUUGCAAAACAAGGACAUUUGGACUGCAUGAAAUAUGCCCAUGAAAACAAAUGUCCAUGGCAUGAAAGUACUUGUUAUUUGGCAGCAGUGGGACGACAUUUUGAAUGUUUGAAAUAUGCUCGUAGAAAUGGUUGUCCGUGGGAUGAUGUAACGAAAAAAUGGGCCAUCGAAUAUGGGCAAUUUGAUGAUUAUUUAUAACAUACUCAUAACAGUCUUAACUAAAGAGUGAGGAGCUAUUUAUACAAUUGACAAGUUUUUACAACCAUGCAUAUCAUUUUUUAGUAAGAUUAAUUUUGGUUUACAACCUGAACUUUUCUAUUUGCUAAUUUUUUUUUUGCAUUUUUGAGUUAAUGUUUCAUUAUGAUGUUGUAAUAUUUGACUUUUGACUAUUGCCAUAUGGGAGAUAUGAACUAACUUUUCAUUUUUUUUUUAUUCCUUUGUCAAA